AUGGCGACUCCAAUUCCUAUGGUCCCGAGUAUUCAGCCAGCUUACUCUGAAGUUGAUACGGAGGUCAAAGAUGUCCAGCCCACGCUGACACCUCAAGAACCAGCUGUUGAGUCUUCACCAGAAACUGAGGUUUUAGUCAAGCACACCGAACACUUCUCUCAAUCCUAUCACCAGCCAGAACCAGUAAUAGACAAGCAACCACUCGCGGAAGACCACCUGGACGACCUGGCCACGGUAGACCGACUGCAAGUGACAAGGAGGCUACGGGUCAAGGGAGUCCUCUUCCUAAGGGGGAAGAAGAAUCAGUUCUUCGUCAGAACUCCCGACCAGAACCUCGUCUAUACCAUCGAGGAGGAGAACAGUUGGUGGGUGGGCUACUUCUGUUAUGGGCUGCGGCCAUUGCAGCUGCAUGUGCUCAACGGGAUGGGCAGCGAGGUCAUCAGGAUCAGCAGACCUUACGCCUUCACCACCAGGGUGCUGCCGUGCCAGCUACAAAGGCUGCAGAUAUUCUCGCCACCUGACAGACUAAUUGGCAGCGUGAUCCAGCAGUGGACGGCUGUGAAGCCACUGUAUAUGGUGCGAGACAUCACUGGUGCGGACGUGUUUGAAGUGCAUGGUCCUCGCAUCACGAUCAGCUGCUUCCAAGAUGUACAGUUCCAGAUAGUCAGACCUGACGGCACGCUGGUGGCAGCCACCAACAAACGCUGGGAGGGGAUGAUGCACGCCCUCUUCCUGGCGCCUAUUACCGACAAGUUCGGCAUAACGUUUCUGGAGAAGUCGAUGACAGCGGAGGAGAAGGCUCUACUGCUGGCUACUGCUUUGUUGCUUGACUACAUGUACUAUGACGUCUGA